GGGGUCGGGCGGGGGGCUGGUGGCAGCGGCGGAUGGACUCGCGGGUAUCGGAGCUGUUCGGCGGCUGCUGCCGGCCCGGAGGAGGCCCGGCCAUGGGAGGAAACCUCAAAGCUCGGGGGGCCGGAGGUAGCAGCAGUUGCGGGGGCCCAAAGGGGAAGAAGAAGAACGGAAGGAACAGAGGAGGUAAAGCCAACAACCCUCCAUACCUGCCCCCAGAGGCUGAAGAUGGAAACAUCGAGUAUAAACUCAAGUUGGUGAAUCCAUCCCAGUACCGCUUUGAGCACUUGGUAACGCAAAUGAAGUGGCGGCUCCAGGAGGGACGCGGUGAGGCAGUCUACCAGAUUGGGGUAGAGGACAAUGGGCUGCUGGUGGGGCUGGCUGAGGAGGAGAUGCGGGCUUCCCUCAAGACCCUGCACCGGAUGGCAGAGAAGGUUGGGGCCGACAUCACUGUUCUGCGGGAGCGAGAAGUGGAUUACGAUAGUGACAUGCCCCGGAAGAUCACUGAGGUGCUGGUUCGAAAGGUUCCUGACAACCAACAGUUCCUAGAUCUGCGUGUGGCAGUCCUGGGGAACGUGGACUCAGGGAAGUCAACCUUGCUUGGAGUCCUGACCCAAGGAGAGCUGGACAACGGGCGGGGCCGGGCCCGGCUCAACCUUUUCCGCCACCUGCAUGAGAUUCAGUCUGGCCGAACCUCCAGCAUCAGCUUUGAGAUCCUGGGCUUUAACAGCAAGGGAGAGGUGGUGAAUUACAGCGACUCACGGACUGCAGAAGAGAUCUGCGAAAGCAGCUCCAAGAUGAUCACCUUCAUUGACCUGGCGGGCCACCAUAAAUACCUGCACACCACCAUCUUCGGCCUCACCUCCUACUGCCCCGACUGUGCCCUGCUCCUCGUCAGUGCCAACACUGGAAUCGCCGGCACCACACGGGAACAUCUGGGGCUGGCCUUGGCCCUGAAAGUGCCCUUCUUCAUCGUGGUCAGUAAAGUGGACCUGUGUGCUAAGACCACAGUGGAGAGGACAGUACGCCAGCUGGAGCGGGUCCUCAAGCAGCCUGGCUGCCACAAGGUCCCCAUGCUGGUCACCUCUGAGGAUGAUGCUGUCACUGCUGCCCAGCAGUUUGCCCAGUCACCCAACGUCACCCCUAUAUUCACAUUGUCCAGCGUGUCUGGAGAGAGUCUGGAUCUUCUCAAAGUCUUCCUGAACAUCCUGCCUCCACUCACCAACAGCAAAGAGCAGGAGGAGCUCAUGCAGCAGUUGACAGAGUUCCAGGUGGAUGAGAUCUACACGGUUCCAGAGGUGGGGACUGUGGUUGGAGGGACACUCUCCAGUGGGAUCUGCCGUGAGGGGGACCAGCUGGUGGUAGGCCCAACAGAUGAUGGCUGCUUCCUGGAGCUGAGAGUAUGCAGCAUCCAGCGCAAUCGCUCCGCCUGUCGUGUGCUGCGAGCCGGUCAGGCUGCUACACUAGCCCUCGGAGACUUUGACCGUGCGCUGCUUCGCAAGGGUAUGGUGAUGGUGAGCCCCGAGAUGAAUCCCACCAUCUGCUCAGUGUUUGAGGCAGAGAUAGUCCUACUUUUCCAUGCCACCACCUUCCGGCGGGGAUUCCAGGUGACAGUACACGUGGGCAACGUUCGUCAAACGGCAGUGGUGGAAAAGAUCCAUGCGAAGGACAAGCUGCGGACGGGAGAGAAGGCAGUGGUACGCUUCCGUUUCCUGAAACACCCCGAGUACCUGAAGGUGGGCGCCAAACUGCUCUUCCGGGAGGGCGUUACCAAGGGCAUCGGCCAUGUCACGGAUGUGCAAGCCAUCACAGCAGGAGAAGCCCAGGCCAGCAUGGGCUUCUGAGUCCUCAAAACAGCUCUCCUGCUGUCCCUACAAUACAUAAGAUGACUUCCGGCCACGCUGCCCACCGUCGGCGGCUCUGUGUGUUCAUGGGCUAGGCAGAGUGGCUGCUGCCACUUGCUUCCUGCCACCUUUCUGGAGAGGCGUCAUGCUUGGUGUGGCCAGGGAGGGGCAGUCCGGAGGGACAGUUUCAGCAGCUGUGUGGUCCUGUCUACCGGAGGCAUAGCCAUCUCGGGCCACUAUCAGGACCGGGCGGGACUCACCAGUGUGAUCUCUGCACUUCAGGAAUUGUCAUAACUGGGGUGGCCCUUGAGAGCAUUUCUUUUUCAUACCUCCUCUCAAGGCCACGUAAGUUGCCCUUCUCUACCUGACUGGAUAAAAGACAGUUGCUCCUGGCCAUCUGGUGGACCUGGGGCCUGAAGAAAUGACAGAGAGAGACCGUGAAAGACUGUCCCUUCCCUGUGUUGAGUCCUGAUGCAUUUUCCUGGCUUUAUUUUGUUCUCCCCCACUCAAGGGCGGUUUCCCCCAGAUCCCGCUGUUCUAGGCCCCACUUGGUGCUAUUUGUGGUGCUGGCCUAGGCGUGGGGCGGCCAAGCUAAGACUUGGCACACCAAAGGCCAGCUGCAUGUCAAUCCUCUUCUUUUCCUCUGCAAGUCAUCUGUUGAUUUCAUGCUAGAUCAAAUAGUGUGUUUUCCUUUUCCCAACCUGGUAGCUGCAGGACCUGACCUACAGGUGUGUGUCCUGGUAUCCUCAUCCCAGGUCCUGCACCCACAUAAAUUUUCUCUUGUUUUACUAAGUUGUAGUGAUCAUCCCCUUCCCUCUGUUGCCGGGAACCAGGAGGAAAGGGAAAGGUGUCAUUCUAGGCAUGGGUUCCCUCCUUUUGUUAGCAUCCUGGGUUCCCACGAACUCAGGGACUUGUUGGUUGAAGAUACUCUGCACAUGUAUUUAUAUAUGUAUAUAUAUUUAAAUACACAUAUAUAUUGUACAGAAUAAAAAUGUUUUAUUG